AUGGCGAGCACCGGAACCGUGGCAGGCGACACGCCAAAGCUUGUACAGCCUUUGCAGAAGUGUUUUGAAGAAGCUCGCGCCGCGAUGGAGAAGGAGAUGGCGCAGGACCCAGCACCAGAAGUCUCUUGUGAGCAGAUCACGUCGACUACGAAGUGGCUGAAGUCCAUCGCGCAAGCCAUGAACGAACACAAUGAUGGUUUCUCCAGGUUGGGUUUAUCCAACUUGACCGACGACGAACUGCAUCGGAACCAAGCGCUGGCGAGAGAGGCCUCUCGUCAGCUGACACUGCUUUUCGCGGACAAGUCUUCCAAGUUCACAACCACAUCUCAGCACCAGGUGAUGAAGUUUGACAUGGGCAGCCAAAGUCAGGAAAUUAAGGCAAACUUGUCCAAUUUCGGCAAGUUCUUGGAGCACUUCAGCAAGGCAAAAUGGCUCGGGGAUCUUGUGGCACCAGAGUUUGUGGAGCAGAAGCAGCUGACCGUCAAGUUGCUGGCCAACCUUCAGAACCCUGCGAAGCAAAAACUGCAAGUGCAAGUCAAUCAGCAGCAGUCGCAGUGCAACUACUGUUGUCAAUGGAAGUUCAAUACGUCCAGCUUCUGCGAGCACUGCCUCUGUUGCGCGCAUCAGUAUGGAAGGGGCUGUCCCUAUGGGUGCGAUGCCAAAGCCACCGCCAUCUUGUCCAAGGACGCUAUCUUGUACGAAGGCAUAAAGUCUGGGGAGAGUAGCUUGGAGAAGCUUCAGGGCUUGGCGCAGAUGGCGGAGGCGCUAGCCAAGGCGUGCCGCAAAGACGCCUCUGCGCGGGAGGUGGUAAGCAAGGAAUUGGCAAAGAAGAUGAAGCUCCUGAAAGACUUCGCGGAGGCUGUCAACGAGGUCCCCAAGGUCCUGCGCCAGUUCCUGCUCAUCCGUGCUGGCUCCAUCGGAGACAUAUCUGAGCUGAAAGCCUGGGUGAGCAAGGAGGAAGCAGACCGAGUCCACAAGACACUCGAGGAGUUUCGGGACGAAGUCAAUGAGGAGAAGGUCAUGCGUCGGCUCAACAUGAAGCGGGCGGCCUCAGAAGGCUCUUGGUCCUGCAUUUCGAAGGGCUCCUCGAAGGAGGAGAAGAAGAAGAACAAGGUGAACAUGUCCCCGGUGCGCUCAAAUCGGAUAGCGUAUUGUCCGCGCGUGGGGCUGACGCUGAAAUAUUUGAGAGUCGCACUGGGGAGGCUCUGUGAAUCGUCGUGGGUGGUUCUGAAGAUCAAGGAGACGGGCCACAGCUUCCUGGCGCGGUGCGCCUUCAGCGCCCUGGCGGCGGCGGAGGCGGCCACCGGCAAGCUGAUUCCAGAAAGCGCAGAGCAGCGGGGCUGCGUCGACUCGGCCGAGCGCCUCUCAGAGGAGGCCCUGGGUACCUCCCCGCGCUGCGAGCAGUGCCCGGAAGGUUGCGUCGUCGUGCUGUUGCUGCAGGCGUUGGCCCUGCCAGACUUUGCAGAGGUGCGCCUGUGCUCCUACUCGCUGAUGUACUACUUCCGCGCCAAUGCAUACUUUAAGGAGUUUGAGCCCCACUGGACGUGGGACUUGCGCGAGAACCUCCCGGCUUUGCUCAACGCGCGACGAGGGCAGUGCGCCCAAGCACGAAGCAGGGAAUUGCAGGCAGAUCGCUUGCCGCUGCUGAAAGAGGACUCCAAAGAGGGCCAGGUGGCUGUGCUGUUGGCCGCCACGGCGAGCAUGCUGGAGCGGUACCAGCCUUUCAUCAAUUUGUGGCGCUGCUAUGCACUUUCGCACGGCUUGGCCUUCAUCUUGGAGACAGAUCCAGGUGGCGCCCCCGCGCCCAACUGGAUGCGCUGGUUCGCCGCUGAGCGGCUGCUGCCCUUCUACCGCGCGGUGCUGAUCGUGGACCCCGAUCAAGUCAUCGUCCCCGCCUGUUGGAACAUCUCCAUCCCUGAUCUACUCGGCGCCUGGCCAGAUGGAGUUGAGCCGCCUCCGGAUGUGGGCAUGAGGGACUUCGGGCGCCCUCAGACGCUGAACAACGGCGUGGCCUUGCUUCGGAACUCGGCGCGGGGCCGCUUUUUCCUGUCGCUGCUGCUGGACAAGGCGAAAUGGUUCCAGACCAUCGAGCACGACCAGGGCCCUUUCGACGAGACGGUGCUGGAGGUCCUGGGCCUGGAGGCCGAGGCGGAAGACGGCCAGGGCUACGACUCAGAGUGUGCGCAGUACCUGUUUCCCAAUGUGCAGGGGAACCACGAGGUGGCGCUCUAUGCCAUGUGCUGGUGGCGCCAAAGCGAGGCGCUGGCCGGGCCCUUCGGCCAGCGCGGCUCUCGGGUCAUAAGGUUCAUGGACCCGCGGCAAGUGGAUGUGAACCACGUGGUGGGUGCACGAGGUCUAUCCGACCCGGCCCUGCUCUACCACUUUGCGGGCCGAUCCAAGGACUGGGAUGCGAUGCUGGACACCUUUGGCCUGGACCGCGACAGCACCAAAGACUGCCGGGAGGUCUUGAACUACGUCCAGAGGAGGUCAGGGGAGUGCGUGCCGGGCGGACCGGUGGUGGAGGAGUGCGAGCCGCCGGAGGUGGUGUGCUAG